CUCUGCUCUGUCCUCGAGAUCAAGAACAACUACGUAGUAACGCGCAGGUACUACACUAUCCAUCCACUGAAUUUGAAAUAAAAAAAUAAAGAUUGAAAACCAACAACUGUCAGCGCCCUCUCUUGGUAGGUAGGUCAUUCGCGUUUUAGUGCUCACACUAUCCGCCACGUUUUUUCGUUCCUCUCAAAUAAUUAUUAUUUUAAUUAAAAAAUCCAUCUUAUAGGUACUCGUAAGUGUUUAUUACUGUGUUAAUCAAGCUUAAAGUUACAAUUAUGCCGAAAAAGCGAUAUAGUGAUGAAGAUAUUGAGUCCUACGUAGAUCGGAAAAUGAGGAAGAUCGAAAGAAAGUUACGGAAGAGGCGAGCACACCGUCUUCGCUCAUCUUCACAGGAUUCGUUAAAAAUCUUAGACGAACCUCACAGAACCCACCCUGGUGAAGAACGCUCGUCAUCUCUCGCGCUAACUCAUCAACCUAACGAGGCCGCACAAAAUAUAGACCACCAUGUCGUGGAUGACGCCCCACUUAAUGACGUGGUCAAUAUAUCGGAGAAACCUCCAGAUUUAUCAGCUUCUAUUGUCCCUGAUACUGCAGCGGCGGCCGCGCAAGUAGCGGACAACGAUACAGUUGAGGAUUCUCUUCCUGAUGACAUUUUAGAAAUAUUAGGGGAAGCCCCCAUAAACGAUAAAAAAUUUGGCCCACCCUUGAAUUCAAAUCUAGCUAUCAGGUGGGAGCAUACAGCGACGAAUGGUCUCUCUAAGGAAGCUAGAAAACAGAUUCUUGAUAAACAUUCUAUCCCACAAAACUGCAAGAAUAUCGAUGCUCCUGCUCUCAAUCAGGAGGUAAAAGCAGCUUUAUCUGAGGUUCUCAGCAAGAAAGAUAAAGCUAUCGAAAAUAAACAGAAGCAAAUCGCAUUGAUAAUCGCUUGUGUAGGAGAUGCCCUUUCACAGAUUUUAUCCACCGAUAGUACAAACAUAUCGCUUAUUAAAUCAUUAACUGACGCCGGUAAACUAGCCUGUGACUUGCAACAUACAGAAUCCAUGAUUCGUAGGAGUUUUGUCUGUUCUUCAAUCAAAAAAGAAAUAAAAGAUCACUUGUACGAAGCAAAAAUUGAUAGCCAUCUUUUUGGUAGCCAACUGGGUGACUUGUUAAAGGCGGCAAAAGCGAUUAAUAAAACAGGUGCAGAAAUGAAGACUGUAGCACCUAUACCUGGACCGUCAAGAAGAUUAACCAAUCAGACGCAGAAUUUAAACUCGCGGCGCCCACUUCCACCCAUGAGCAGGCAGACGGGAGUUGCGGCGAGACGUUCGACAGCGCCUGCUCCGACCCGACCGGAGUACCCGCGCCAACAGCGUCGCGCCCCACCGCCGCCGCGGCCGCAGCCGAGCGCACCCUACAGGCGCUCACAGACCCACGCACCGCACCGCCGAUAGAGCCGACCUCCACCUCCACGGCUUACCCUGGCUGCAGGCAGAUUGUCAGGACGGCACUUCUAAGAAGAGGCAUCCCGACUGCUUCUAUUGAUAUAAUGUACGCUUCACUUUCCAAUAAUACCAUGAAGCAGUAUGAUACAGGUUUGAAAAGAUGGUUCCUUUUUUGCCAAUCUCACAGUGUUGAUUUAUAUGAAGCUUCUGUCCCUAAUAUCAUAUAUUUUCUUACGAAGCAAUUUAAUAACGGGGCCCAAUACGGAACUUUGAAUAGUUAUCGGUCAGCCUUAUCUUUGAUUAUUGGUUCAAGAAUCGGAACUGAUGAUAGAAUCAUACGUUUAUUUAAAGGUUUCUAUAAACUUAGACCACCACUGCCUAGAUAUAAUGAAACCUGGAAUCCGUCUAUUGUACUAAAUCAUUUGUCUCAAUGUUAUCCCAACGAUAAGUUAGAUUUAGAAUGUCUCACCAAAAAGACUGUUGCACUGAUCGCAUUAGUGACUGCUCACAGGGUUCAGACCAUCUCAAAAAUUAAUAUUAAGAAUAUCAGUGUUAAUUCAGACCACAUAUCUAUUAAGAUCCCAGAUUUGAUUAAAACUUCGCGUAUUGGCUCAACACAACCCUGUCUUCAUUUACCAUUUUUUAGCCAGCAGCCAGAAAUAUGCCCAGCAGAAGCUCUCAGAGCAUAUAUUUCGAAGACUCAGACAAUUAGAGGCGCACAAGAAAACCUUUUCAUAAGUUAUAAAAGCCCCUAUAAUUCGGUAAAUUCACAGACUUUGAGCCGCUGGAUUAAAAAUGUUUUAUGUGACAGUGGUGUUGAUACCAGUAAAUUCAAAGCCCAUUCAACUAGACAUGCAUCUACUUCAGCUGCUCUAAGAUCAGGCGUAUCCAUAGAUUUAAUUAGAAAAACAGCAGGCUGGAGUGGAUCCUCAUCAGUAUUUGCAAGGUUUUAUCAAAGACCAGUCCUAACGGAUAAUGCCAAUGAUUUUGCUGUAUCAGUUUUAGAAUCUUAAUUACCCCUUUUUAUUUCGAUAGAAGAAAUUUAUUUUUCCAGUCAAUGUAAAGAAUGCCUUUUUCUCAAUAGUACCUAUCUAAUUUAAAUUAGUAAGUAAGUAGCAUACCUACUUAUGUAAUUGCCAUAAGUAAUCAUUAAGUAUUGUAAAACAAAUAAAUAUAUAAUUAAUGAAUAAUCUGUUACAUGCUCUUUAUUUUCUUUUAUUCAGUCAUAAAAUAACAAAACCGUACAUACAUACAACGCAACUGAAUGCUUUCAAGUUCUACGUAGUUGUUCUUGAUCUCGAGGACAGAGCAGAGUGUAAUUGAUGAUUAAACGAACUUACCUGAAGUGAAGUUCAAUCCCAAUUACACGAAGGCUCUGUCCGAAGAGAUCAACACCCGCCCGAUCCCGUACUUGAACAACCAGGUGUGUUCAAUUGAUACCCAAAUGCGUUGUAAGUAUGUAAUUGUAAGUAAUUCCGUUCUCUACUUUUAACUAAAUGACCUACCUACCAAGAGAGGGCGCUGACAGUUGUUGGUUUUCAAUCUUUAUUUUUUUAUUUCAAAUUCAGUGGAUGGAUAGUGUAGUACCUGCGCGUUACUACGUAGUUGUUCUUGAUCUCUUCGGACAGAGCCUUCGUGUAAUUGGGAUUGAACUUCACUUCAGGUAAGUUCGUUUAAUCAUCAAUUAUAACAGUAGUACUUAACCAAAAUUAUAAUCUUUUAGUUCAAUAGUAAUGAAGGUCUUUUAAAAUCUAUGUAAGUAUUGAAAACAGAUGAAAACUAUUAGCACACUGACGCCUCACCAUAAGAACGUGGUAAGUAAAUGACAAAAAACAGUUGACAUAAGAUUAUCUACGGACAAUCAUUAGUGAUCAUUAGUAUCUUAAUUAUAACUAAUAAUUAAUUCUACAUUAAAUGAUAAAUAAACAUGUAUAC